GUUUCUUUAGUUCUGAGCGAAAUACUAACGCUUCUUAAAGUGGCUCUUUAUUCGUGAAAACCUCAUUUUACUUGGAUUUGAAAAGUUUUGGUCGCUUUAGUUUUCUAACUGUGAUAUAAAAUUAAAUUGCAUCAGCCGGUUCACGAAGGACCCCGGCACGUUAUUGUGUCUCAGUCAGAAAGGUUUGGAAGGGAUCGACAGACAGACAUCGCUCCGUACUGCCAGAGGCCGAGUGGUUCCCCUGGAGCUGAGAGCUGUUUGAUUCGGUUUCGAGUCGUUUUUUCCGGUGAAGAGUGAUUCAGGCGUCCGCCGCGGGCAGCCUUCUCUUCGGCUUGAACAUGGCGGGGGAUGAGUCCGGAGCGACGCUCGGCCAGCCUCAUCUGGCCAAACAGGAUCUCCACAGCCUGGACGUGUCCACGCUGACGCCUCUGUCUCCAGAGAUCAUCAGCAGACAGGCCACCAUCAACAUCGGCACCAUCGGCCACGUGGCCCACGGCAAGUCCACGGUGGUGAAGGCCAUCUCGGGCGUGCACACGGUCCGCUUCAAGAACGAGCUGGAGAGGAACAUCACCAUCAAGCUGGGCUAUGCCAACGCCAAGGUGUACAAGCUGGACGACCCCAGCUGCCCCCGGCCCGAGUGCUACCGGUCGUGCGGCAGCAGCACGCCGGACGAGUUCCCCACAGACAUCCCCGGAACCAAGGGGAACUUCAAGCUGGUCAGACACGUGUCGUUUGUCGACUGUCCCGGUCACGACAUCCUGAUGGCCACCAUGCUGAACGGAGCCGCCGUCAUGGACGCCGCCCUGCUGCUCAUCGCGGGGAACGAGUCGUGUCCUCAGCCUCAGACGUCGGAGCAUCUGGCCGCCAUCGAGAUCAUGAAGCUGAAGCACAUCCUGAUCCUGCAGAACAAGAUCGACCUGGUGAAGGAGAGCCAGGCCAAGGAGCAGUACGAGCAGAUCCUGGCCUUCGUCCAGGGCACGGUGGCGGAAGGCGCUCCCAUCAUCCCCAUCUCCGCCCAGCUCAAGUACAACAUCGAGGUGGUGUGUGAGUACAUCGUCAAGAAGAUCCCGGUUCCUGUCAGAGACUUCACCUCCGAGCCCCGGCUCAUCGUCAUUAGAUCGUUUGAUGUCAACAAACCUGGCUGUGAGGUGGACGACCUGAAAGGGGGCGUGGCCGGAGGAAGUAUCCUGAAGGGCGUGCUCAAGGUGGGCCAGGAGAUCGAGGUGCGUCCAGGAAUCGUCUCCAAAGACCAGGAGGGGAAGCUGAUGUGUAAACCCAUCUUCUCCAAGAUCGUGUCUCUGUUCGCCGAGCACAACGACCUGCAGUACGCCGCGCCGGGCGGCCUGAUCGGCGUGGGAACCAAGAUCGACCCCACGCUGUGCCGCGCCGACCGCAUGGUGGGCCAGGUGCUGGGCGCCGUGGGAGCGCUGCCCGAGAUCUUCACCGAGCUGGAGAUCUCCUACUUCCUGCUGCGCCGCCUGCUGGGCGUCCGCACCGAGGGCGACAAGAAGGCCGCCAAGGUCCAGAAACUGUCCAAGAACGAAGUGCUGAUGGUCAACAUCGGCUCGCUGUCCACCGGCGGCCGCGUCAGCGCCGUGAAGGCCGACCUGGCCAAGAUCGUCCUGACCAACCCGGUCUGCACCGAGGUGGGCGAGAAGAUCGCCCUGAGCCGCCGCGUGGAGAAGCACUGGAGGCUCAUCGGCUGGGGUCAGAUCAGGAGGGGCGUGACCAUCACUCCCACGGUGGACGACGACUGAGGGGAUCGAACCGGGCAUCCCGGGCCAGAGCGUCCCGCUGUCCCCCUACCGGCUUGGUUUUUGGUUUCAUGUUUAUUUUCCCAGGAGCAGCAGAACGGAGCGGUGCCUCCUCCUCUGCUGCCCCCUGCUGGAGAGGAGGAGGUGCAGCGGCGUCCAAUAAAGAGUUUUGGAAGAACA